GUAAAAUAAGUGUAGUGAAAAUGAGGGGCAUAGUCAAAAGUGUAGUGUUAAACACUCGAUAGCAGAGAGUCAAAGUGAAGAAGAUCCAUUUCUUUUCUUGUUCUCCCAGCAAUCUGCCAUAGCUUGAAACCCUAAGCCCCCUUUUUUUGUGAUUGAGGAUGGAUGAAGAGUACGAUGUGAUCGUGUUGGGUACUGGUCUCAAGGAGUGCAUUCUCAGUGGUCUUCUCUCCGUCGAUGGCCUCAAGGUUCUUCACAUGGACAGGAAUGACUAUUACGGAGGAGAGUCCACCUCGCUUAAUCUUGUUCAGCUUUGGAAGAAAUUCAGGGGAGAUGAGAAGCCUCCUCCACAUUUGGGUUCUAGCAAGGACUAUAAUGUUGAUAUGAACCCUAAGUUUAUUAUGGCUAAUGGCAAUUUAGUGCGGGUUCUCAUACAUACCGAUGUUACAAAGUAUCUCUAUUUUAAAGCUGUGGAUGGGAGCUUUGUCUUUAAUAAGGGAAAGGUUCACAAGGUACCAUCAAAUGACAUGGAGGCCUUAAGGUCACCACUUAUGGGAAUAUUUGAAAAACGCCGAGCACGCAAGUUCUUCAUUUAUGUUCAAAAUUAUGAUGAGAAUGAUCCUAAAUCUCACGAUGGGAUGGACUUGACAAGAGUGACUACUAGAGAACUGAUUGCAAAAUUUGGCCUUGAUGAUAACACUGUGGACUUCAUUGGUCAUGCUUUGGCGCUUCAUAGAGAUGAUCGCUACUUGGGUGAGCCAGCACUGGACACUGUGAAGAGAAUGAAGUUAUAUGCAGAGUCUCUUGCUCGCUUUCAAGGGGGAUCACCUUACAUAUAUCCUUUGUAUGGUUUAGGAGAGCUUCCCCAGGCAUUUGCACGGCUUAGUGCUGUUUAUGGUGGAACAUAUAUGUUGAAUAAACCUGAAUGCAAGGUAGAAUUUAAUGAGGAAGGAAAGGCUGUUGGUGUCACAUCUGAAGGGGAAACUGCAAAGUGCAAAAAAGUUGUUUGUGAUCCAUCAUACUUGCCCAACAAGGUGAGGAAGGUUGGUAGGGUUGCAAGGGCAAUAGCCAUCAUGAGUCACCCGAUCCCCAACACCAGUGACUCCCAUUCAGUGCAAGUUAUUCUACCACAGAAGCAGUUGGGUCGGAAAUCAGACAUGUACCUAUUUUGUUGUUCAUAUUCUCACAACGUUGCCCCAAAGGGAAAAUUUAUUGCAUUUGUAUCAACUGAGGCAGAGACAGAUCAACCUGCAAUUGAACUAAAGCCCGGAAUUGACCUUCUAGGACCUGUGGAUGAGAUAUUUUUUGAUAUGUAUGACAGAAAUGAACCAGUCAAUGAACCAUCUUUGGACAACUGCUUUAUAUCAACAAGUUAUGAUGCCACUACUCACUUUGAGUCAACCGUAGAUGACGUCCUUAACAUGUAUACAUUAAUAACUGGAAAGGUUAUUGACCUCAGUGUGGAUCUUAGUGCUGCUAGUGCUGCAGAAGAGUAACGAAAACUGGAUGACGUCAUUUAUGUUCUGUUGCUGAUAGGAUCCGUAUGAUGGACUUGGCAACAUAUGUUACUAUCGUUUAUAACAAAUGAUGAUAUAAAAUGUUUAUUUUUUCUUUCCCUUUUUUCAGAAGAAAAAGACUCCAAAACUUGUUGAACAGAUUUGUGAGGAGGGGAACUUUUUCCCUUCCAGAUGCUCUGGUUGUGUUACAUAUGAUGUCGUGUGCUGCAUUGAAUUUCA